AAAAAUAAAUAAAAAUGCCAGUACAUUUCAAGGGCAUCAGUGAGUACAAGAAGAAAUUUAAACACCGGGUAGCGCGCUCCAGAAGCGCCUCUCCUCAGCGACGGAUGCCCUUAGCUGGACUUCGAUCUGACCAGAUGGGUAUCAGUCGAGAGCCUCAGUUUCUGUCCAAGAGGAAGGUGCCCUCCUCCCACACGCUCCAGGGAUCCAGCUCCUUCCAAUGGAACCCCACCACCACACAGCCCCCACAGAGACGGGAUGAGACCCCCAGACCUGGUACCUCUCCCCUGGCUCCUACCCCAGAGAGAGUCCACACCCCUCUGGCCCCUAGGGGUCCCCCUCCUCCAGGGGACCCCCAACGAGGCCCGACCACUCUUCAGGGCCAGACCAAUAACCGGAGCCCCCUGGCUACUGUAGAGAGACAGGACCAAGCUUUCAAUGGGGUUGACCAUGUGUUGAGGAGGAAGGCAGGGCUGAAGUCGUCUGGACAGAGGACUGGAUUACAGAACUCAGAGUACAGGAAACAGUUUCCGUGGAAGACACCUGUAGCUGGCCACGCCUCCCCACUGCUGGCUGCAGAACAGAUGCUGUACACCAGCCACCGGUCCAUCCCUCCCUUCAAGUCUAACCCGGUGGUGGUGUUGGAGAGUGAGUACAGCAGGAACUUUAAAGCUUCUCCUCCUCCCAGAGGACCACGGCUACGCAGCGAUGUAGACGGGGACCAGGUACCUCUGUUCCAGAGAGAGAAUGUUUCACCUGAGAAAGCAUCAAAGAGCAAGCGUAAGAAGAAGAGGGAAGAGAGAGAGAGAAAGUCCAGCAUCGUAGAGGAGAACAUUCCAGUUCCACAGCCUCAGGAGCAGCAGGCGGACCAGGAAGUGAAGUCACAGAGCCCCCAGAAGGCACAUCUUCCCCACAGAAAGGUGAAAUCAGAGUAUAACGCCAACUUCCGCUCUCCGCUGAACUACAUAUAUAAGGACGGAGCCUGGGUCAAGGCUACCACGGUAGGAGAGGAGGGGCGUGACAGUCAGCAUAGUCACGUUUGGUAUCACGAGGUGCAAGAGCUUCGUAAGAAGGCAGAGGCCUACAGACAGAGGGCGUGGGGGACCCAUUUCUCCCGCCUCCACCUCAACCAGAUCCUGUCAGACCAGAACCAGCUGUGGGAGGCCUCCACCCCUUCCUCCUCUAACCUCAGCUCUGGGACAGGUUCAGGGGACCGGGAGGAAGACAGCAGCAGGAGCCCUACCCCCAGGGUUGACAGUAGCUCCAGCUCCGUAGCCGGACCCCCCCUCACCCCUGUGUCCAGUAGAAGGAGCUCCCCCGGGUGGCUGGGAACACAGCAGGCCCCCCUGGUCACCCUAACCCUGGAGCCCUUACCCUACCUGUUCAGAGGAGACUAG